GUACUGCUAUGUGGAUAUUUGUUAGCAAUGACUGAUGUGGAAUCUACAUAUGCAGACUUUAUUGCUUCAGGAAGAACAGGUAGAAGAAAUGCACUACACGACAUACUUGUGUCCUCUCCAGGUGGGAACUCUAGUGAACUGGCUUUAAAGCUAUCAGAGCUGGAUAUAAAUAAAGCAGAAGGAGAAGGAGAUGCACAACGAAAUCCAAGUGAGCAAACCGGGGAGGCCCAAGGGGAGGCAGCAAAGCAAGAAAGCUGACAUCUGACUUUGACCGACUGGAGCAGCUGCUAGAUGUUUUCAGACUACAGGAGCAUGCUGGAACAAAUUUGUUUCCAUGAGCAAGCUGGGAGAAAGGAAAGUGCAUGUGUCUUCACUGCUGGAACCCACUCAACGCAAUGCUAAAAAUGAGGGUACAAGCUGUGGCAGAAGACAGAAUUUUCUCUACCUCUGUCAUUAGCAAUGGUUGAACAUGUAAUGUUUUGUGGGAUAGUGUCAUCAGAUGGAUCCCUUCAUAAUGACUACUUGAGGGGAACACUUCUAGAAAGUAGAACAAACAGGUUAAUCUUGUAGCAAAUGGCCUUUGAAACAUUAGAGGAUCUAAUUGUGUAUCGUAAGCAAAGGCUUGUGUGAUCCUCAGAGUUUAAAGUUCUCUGGCCAAAGUGUUCACCCAUUAAAAGAACUGUAAAGAAAGCACUGUUUUUAGAACUUGCAUCUGUUUUACAGCUCUGUUACUUACAAUGGUUUUUGUAUUGUACAACUUAGAUGCUCUACACUGCCCCUUCUCAACUGCUUAUGAAGAAUAUUUCUGUUACUGUGAAUUUUUCUACCACGCGUUUUGAAAGGGCUGGUUUUUUGCAUAAUGUGGUGAUGUGCACAUGAUAGUUUUAAAACGUCAACUGCUAAAUUGGUUAUGCCUAAACCUAAAUGACUCAGAAACACUCUAAUUUGUUACUAGAUGAGCCUUCAAAACGAUUCAUUAAUGUGAAUACUUCGGCGUGUUUUGUGUCCUUGGUACAUUUUUGCCACUUGCCUGUAGUUAGUUGCAUAUCAGAGACUCAAAGUGAAUCUUUGAUGUUAUUCUUCCCCAUUUUCUAAUUUUACUCCCAAAUUCUUAAUCUUUCUCCAACUAUUUUUUUAAGAUGUUAGUCCAAGUAUUUUAUCGUUACGGUAGUUUUAAGAAUACAUUUAUAACCUUUUGUGGGUUAAAAUUCAAACAAAUUCCAUGGUGCUAGAGAUUUGUCUGGUUCACAUUGUUAAAGAUGGGCCUUGUUUACAUGUGGGAAAAUAACUGGCAGAGGUUAUUGCCAAUUAUCUAUUUAGAGUGAUUUUCUGAUUGCAGGAUAAUCCAAGUCGUGGAUCAUGAGGAGGAUCCAACCUGGGGAAAUAUUUUAUUUUGUUUAGACCUUGGCUUUGCCUCAGUUGAUCAGGCCAUUGAGUUUACACAGCCAGUAGCAUGUUUAUGAUGCACUAGGCACAGCCAAGAGCUAAAAGCUGCUACAGCAGCCUUUUGGCAAACCUGUGGAAAUGGAAAUGAGAGCUGUAAUCUAGCACCCAAAAUACUGGAUUUUUCGCAUUUCAGCUAUUCCAAAAUGGCAGUCCAAACUGAACAUUCAUUGAAGUACUGGGAUAGCUUUUCCAUAACUUAUUCUGCAGUAGCUGUGUUGAUUGGUUUCCUUCCCACAUCAGCCCCAGUAGACAAGGCCACACAUGAGGCUGAACAAUGCAGGAUGAGGCAGUUACACCUCUGUGUGAUUAAGGUGAGUAAAGACAAUGACUGACUAGUAAACCAUGGCAAUCACAUAAGCACUAAUCACAAAGUCAAAAGAUCUUUUCUUAAUGGGAGGUGAUGUCACUUUCUUUAUAUAUAUUAUAUAUAUUAUAUAUAUUUUUGUGUUGUUGUUGGUUUCAAAUGUUACGCACUUUUUAAUGUUUGUAAACUUUUACUAAUGAAUAGUGUGAUUGCUUCCUGAAUAUAUUAAUCAUCAGUUAACAAAACAUAUUUGUGGCCACAGCUGUUUGUUUCUGCCAUAUGUAUCAUAGUGUUUGUCACAUGAAAUUCUUUUGUGAGAUGUGUGGACAAAAAAAAACAAAAAAAAACAAACAAAAAAAAAAAGAAAAAAAGAAAAAAAAACCCUAAACAAGUAAAAAAAAAAAAAUCUACCACAACCACUUCUGAUCAGUAUUAUGAGCUCAUUCAUUAAUGUUAAUAAAAAAACAGCCAGCAGUAUGCUUGUGGUUCAUCAGUGUAAUAUAAACUCUCACCUUUUCUUGUUUGAAAGUUGAAUGCCUUGCUGUCUUAUUAGCUGUCAAAUGCUUUAUCUUCUUGGUAACAGAAGUUGUUCAUUUGCUUUGAAAAUACUGUUACCUUGAAACUAAUUAUUUAUUAAUUUGUUUAUCUUGAUGUUCCUGAAUUGGGUGUUCAAGUUGAGCAAAGAAACUGGUUGCCCUUUUGUCAUAAAUGACAACUUAGCACCAAUUUAGCACUAACUCCAGAAGGAAAUAAGAUUCUGGGGAUCUAUAUAGUGUUACUUUAUUGAUGAUCCAUGAAACUCCAUCAAUAAAUUGUCACGGGAAAACAUAAUAAUAGAAUAAGUAAUGCAGUAUAUUAAAGUGUUGGCUUUUUCCUUAUUUUA